CUAACCAGCAUUCUUAAUAUUCCACAUUUUUUUAUGGAUUCCCUAAAGAGACCUUCUCUGUUCUAUUCUUUCUUCUUGGCAUUGUUGCUUUGUAGCAAUGCUGUUCAAGCCAGCCAGAAUUACGAGGACGCGCUCGCAAAAUCCAUAUUGUUUUUCCAGGGUCAACGGUCCGGUAGACUGCCCUUGUCCCAGUCCCAAAAUCUCCGUUGGCGGUCCGCUUCUGGCCUGGGCGAUGGUUCCCAAGCGCGAGUGAACUUGGUUGGAGGGUAUUAUGAUGCUGGUGACAAUGUGAAAUUUAACUUCCCUAUGGCCUACACAACUACUAUGUUGUCAUGGAGUGCAUUGGAGAACUCAAAGCGGUUGGGCCCACAACUAGAGAAUGUACGAGUGGCGAUCAGGUGGGCGACGGACUACCUUAUUAAGUGUGCUACAGCAACCCCGGGUGUGCUUUAUGUGGGCGUGGGAGACCCGAAUGUAGACCACAAGUGUUGGGAGAGACCAGAGGACAUGGACACCGUUCGAACCGUCUACUCUGUCUCCAGAAAUAAACCUGGGUCUGAUGUUGCUGCUGAAACUGCAGCCGCUUUAGCCGCUGCUUCCUUAGUGUUUCGAAAAGUGGAUUCUGCGUACUCCAAGUUGUUGUUAAGAACAGCAAAGUCUGUGUUUCAGUUUGCUGCACAGUACAGGGGUUCUUAUAGUGAUUCACUUGGUUCAGCAGUUUGUCCAUUUUAUUGUUCUUAUUCAGGUUAUAAGGAUGAAUUGUUGUGGGGAGCUGCAUGGUUGCUAAGGGCAACAAAAGAUGUAUCAUACCGCAAUUUUAUUGAUUCGUUAGGUGCUCAUGAUUCGACGGAUAUAUUCAGCUGGGACGACAAACUUGCAGGUGCUCGAGUUCUUCUAGCUAGGGGGAGUUUGGUGGCAAAUGAUAAGUCAUAUGAGCCAUUCAAACAACAAGCUCAAGAUUUCAUGUGCAGAAUUCUACCCAAUUCCCCUUAUUCCACUACACAAUAUACUAGCGGGGGUCUAAUGUUCAAACUACCUGAUAAUAAUCUCCAAUAUGUGGCAUCCAUAACCAACUUGCUCACAACCUAUGCCAAGUACAUGCAAUCAGCCAAAAGCACCUUCAAUUGUGGCAACAUAUUAGUCACCCCAAAGACCCUAAUCAAUCUUGCAAGGAAACAGGUGGACUAUAUAUUGGGAGAUAACCCAAUGAGGAUGUCAUAUAUGGUAGGAUAUGGCACAAACUUCCCAAAAAGAAUUCAUCACAGAGGGUCCUCACUACCCUCAAAAACAACUCAUCCCCAGUCAUUUGGAUGUGAAGGCGGUUUCCAACCCUUCUAUUACACUUCUAACCCGAACCCAAACAUACUGGUCGGUGCAAUCGUCGGUGGUCCAAACAACAAUGAUUUCUACCCUGACGAGCGAACCGAUUAUAGUCACUCGGAACCUGCCACAUACAUCAAUGGAGCUAUAGUUGGGCCUUUGGCAUUCUUAUCAGGGAGAUAAGGUCCUUGGCUUAUAGAUUUAGAAUUUCAAAAUGCAUGUAUUAGUUAUGUGUGUUUGUUGUAUUAAAAUCAAGUAAUUGCCACCUCAAAAUGAAGGUGAUGAAUACAAAUGUUUAAGUUGCAAAAGACUUGAAA